AUGGAUAUUACUACCAAAGCUCUGGAGAAGGUUAUUCUCGCCAGUGAACAUGCGGUGGUUCAUAGGUAUACUGCUAUUGCUUCCUCCAUUGAUCUCUAUAUUGUUGUCUCUCUUCGUCUUCACUCUAAGAAUAAAGAUCCAAUAAGACUUUAGCUCGAGGAUGUUGGAUUAGACUUUUCAUGGCCAAUCAAAAGAAUCAAAGAAGUGUUAUCUCACUUGGGUUCUCCAUUUUCUUCGAUACCUAUAUUAUGCUCAUUGGAAACUAUUAAAUCGAUUGCUGCUCUAGUUGAUGAGCAAAUUGAUGAGCAAAGUUUCCCUGAGACAAGGAUUGGUCUUGCUUCAGGUGUUUGUGCAUUUCUUUGGCUCUACACCUCUAUCCUAGGGUUUAAGCCAGGUACAGUUAUUGUAACUUCUGAGCUUCCAUUAGGUGCUGCUCUUGGCUCAUCAGUUGCAUAUUGUGUUGCGCUUUCAGCAGAUCUACCAGCUUUUUCUGAUUCUAUGAAAUUGGAUAUGAGCCAAAAAGAGUGGUUGAUGUUAAAGAAAACUGGGUUGGAAAUGGUGAAUAAAUGGGCUUUUGAAUAGGAGAAGAUAAUUUAUGGGAAACCCUUUGGUGUUGACAACUCAGUUAGCACAUUUGGCAACGUGAUAAGAUACAAGUGAGGUAGUAUGACUGGUAUCGAUUCCAACAUGCCAUUGAGAAUGCUGAUUACCAACAUAAAAGUUGGGAGAGAUACAAAUGCAUUGGUUGCCAAUGUUUCAGCAAGGAAAUCAAGGCAUCCUGAUGCCUUGUGUUAUGUUAUUGAAUCUAUUAGCAAGGAAUGGUCUACGAUUAUCCAGUCACAUACUAUAGAUGAUUUAUCUGUAACUGCAAAUGAAGAAAGGCUAAGAGAGUUAAUGGAAACGAAUCAGGGUUUGUUCCUAUCUAUAGGUGUUACCCAUGCAUCUAAAGAAACUAUUCUUCAAAUAGUAAUGAAGUAUAAACUAGCUUCCAAGUUGACAGGAGCUGGUGGUGGAGGUUGUGUGCUUACUUUUACCUAA